UAAUUCCUCCAUGACUCUGCUCGUGUAGCAGCAGGGAGGGAUGUGUUGUAUCAUCCAGGCUGCCCGGCAGACACUUCGGUCCUUCAGUCGGAAUCCUGCAGCCUCAUCAUGGCCCUCAACAUCCCCGGCGUGGCCGUUAUGAUGUUCUUCUACCUGCUGGUCCUCGGGAUCGGCAUCUGGGCUUCUUUCAAGUCCAAAAAGGAAGCCAAGAAGGGCCAGGGGAAUAAGACGGAGAUGGCUUUGCUGGGUAACCGGGGCAUCAACCUGGUGGUCGGCAUCUUCACCAUGACAGCUACUUGGGUUGGAGGUGGCUUCAUUGUGGGCACAGCAGAGGCAGUCUACAACCCCUCCAUGGGACUGAUCUGGGCCGUGAUGCCAAUUGCAGCAACCAUGUGUUUCAUCAUUGGUGGCCUGUUCUUCGCCGAGCCGAUGAGAAACAAUAAGUAUGUGACCAUGAUGGAUCCUUUCCAGAUCAAAUAUGGAAAAGUACCGACGGCCGCUCUGUCUCUGGCCUCACUCGUAUCUGAGAUUAUGUGGGUAACAGGAACACUCAUAGGAUUAGGUGUAACCAUGAGUGUGAUCCUGAAUUUGUCCUACACUGUGAGCAUCUGGAUCUCUGCUGCUGUGGCCAUCACCUACACCCUGAUGGGAGGUCUCUACUCUGUGGCCUACACAGACAUCAUACAGCUCAUCCUCAUUUUCAUCAGUUUGUGGCUGUGUGUCCCCUUCGCUUUGAUGGGCCCCGCUGUGGUGGACAUCACUGAGACGGCCUACAACUACACCUUCCAGCCUCCAUGGGUCGGUUCUCUGGAGGCGGACAGAGCCUGGAGGUGGAUUGAUAACUUCCUACUCCUGGGUUUGGGGAACUUGGGUCUUCAAAACUUCCACCAGAGGACGCUGUCAGCUGCUUCCUCGGCUACAGCCAAGAUCACCUGCUUCGCGGCCGCGUUCAUCGUUCCCACAUUAGGCAUCCCUCCCAUUCUCCUCGGUGCAGUGGCUGCAUCAACAGACUGGAACAUGACCUCCUAUGGUUCUCCAUCUCCGUUCGCACGCAAUGAGACCGGACUCGUCCUGCCCAUCGUCCUGCAGCACCUUACUCCAACAUACAUCUCAAUCAUCGGCAUUGGGGCGGUGGCCGCCGCCGUGAUGUCAUCCACAGACUCUGCCUUACUGUCUGCGGCCUCCAUCUUCACCGCCAACAUCUACAGGACCAUCCUGAGGCCACUGGCGUCAGAGCGAGAGAUCGAGUGGGUGAUCCGGAUCUCGGUGGUGGUGGUGGGCCUGGCCGGUACGUCUCUCACCUUCCUGGACAACAGCGUCCUGAUGAUCUGGAUGCUUCGCUCUGACCUCACCUACACCCUCAUGCUGCCGCAGCUCGUCUGCGUCCUCUUCUUCAGCAUCUCCAACGGUUACGGGGCCGUGCUGGGCUGCGUGACGGGCAUGCUGUUGCGGGUGUUGUGCGGGGAGCCGCUGCUCGGGAUACCACCUGUUCUCAAAUUCCCAGGAUGCACUCUGGUAAAAGGGGUUUACAUCCAGCGCUCUCCAAUCAGGACCAUCUGCAUGCUGUCAUCUGUGGCAGCCAUCCUGUUGUUCUCCUACCUGGCGUCUGCGCUCUUCAACAGAGGCCUGCUUCCUGAGAAAUUGGACAUUUUUAAUGUAAAGACUCAAUACUCAAUACAAACACAAGAUGGCGCCAAAUCCGACACUAAGAAUGAGAACUUAAAAGAACCACAUGAGAACAAUGAAGUGUGUGAACCUAUGUUAGAAUCAACAUGUUAAGUCCAAAACGCUCAUUUAAAAUACAUUUUUAUACAUUUUACAUCAGUAUGGACUGGUUUAAGAAGAAAUGUAUGUAAUGUGUAAUGA